AUGUUGGCUAUUACAGUGAGAUUUUCUAAAAACCCCCCAGAGGGAUUCUCCAGUCAGAUUCAGACCAGCAACUAUUUUGCUGCCCAUACUAGAUCCCUCAUCCUUCCAUCAAUCGAUGAGCCAAGCCUGCAACGGAUCCAAGUGCUUCUUAUGCUCACCGGCCAUGGAUGGGGCUCGGGCGAGGGGAGGCGCGCAUGGGUCUACCUUGGGAUGGCCGUGAGAAUGGCUCAGAUCAUGGGCCUCUUUGACGAUCCCCCGGUUGGGGCCCAGACCAAAGAAGAGUUCAUUCACGGAGAGGAACGACGGCGUACCGCAUGGACUUGUUUCCUCAUGGAUAGCCUGCUGAGCGGUGGCAAGGGCCGUGAGCGGCUGCUAUCUGCCGACAGCAUGCACAUUCAACUACCGUGCGACUCGGGCAACUUUAUCUUUGGCGAACCUGUCAUAUGCCCCCAUAUCGACAUCUUCCGAUCUGAUGGCAACCCACACAUCCCGAUCGGCAAGCUAGGCAUCGUCGCAUACAGCAUGCGAGUUGCUGACGUCUGGGGUGCUGUUGCGAAGUGGUCCUGCUCCUCGCAUCCAAAUAAUACGCCUCCGUGGCAACCAGAGUCUGAACUCCAGCGUUUGUUAGUUCGCUUAAACGCCUGGAGGGAAUCACUGCCGCCACGUCUAAGGUAUGACCUAUCGUUGCUGCAUGCGCAUAGCGUCCAGAAUCAAGGACAGGCGUAUUGCUAUAUGCAUUGUAUCUACUUCAUGUCUGUCAUCUUCCUUUAUCGAUCCUACCUGCCGGAACUGGAAAUGCACGAAGAGGCCGAGUUAGAGAACGGCGAUAGGAAGCAGUGGACUAUGUUUUCCUCCAGAGAGCUUGCACAAGUUGCCGACCAAGUAUGCGAAAUGCUACAAGAGAUUCGCGGAUUCGGCCUCUUCUUCCUACGAGGCCUGGUUCCGUGGAUAGGCUUCACUAUCUAUACAGCUGUUGGAACAUUGCUGUACUUUUGGCAUUUCCCUCACGUAAGCGAGGGCGACCCGCAGAUGGAGAGCUGGCGGCAACGCAUCAUUGAUGGUUGCGUUUUCCUUAAAGAUAUGAGACAAGCCUGGCCUAUGGCUGAUACCUGGCGCGAAACUAUCAAAGCGAUGCACAUAUUUUAUAGCAACUCCAAGUCAAAGGGCACCGAGUCAGUGAGCCCGAGUGCCAGACGAGAAAUGCGAAAUGCCAUCAUCGACUAUGGCGCCCUGCAGCCGUCCCCCGUCCACCCUGCUGAUAGUGCGAGCGAAGAAGAUGUCGCAAUUGCAUCUGAACAAGAAGAAACAAUAGCUACGCACGAUAUCAGUACGAAUGAGACCGAGCUUGUGUCUCAUGAAUUUGGCGUGGUACCGCCUGCCGAUUAUGACCUUUUUGAUACGCACUUCGAUAUUGACUCUACUAUGCAGGCGUCAUUUGCAGAUGCUACCCAGGGCUUCUGGGAAGGAUACCCAGGAAAUGUUGAGGUGUCAGGGUGGUAG